AUGCCUGAACGUGCCUACGAUGAUGUUGACCAGCGCCCGAACCCGGUCCCUGCACAAGAACAUUUUAAGACUUCAGUAUUCCGUGAUAUUCCUCGCAAGAAGCCAGUCCAUGACGAUUAUGCACAAUUCUUCGCCCCCAAAGAGUUGCGCUAUAGCCCUGACGCGUACGCGCGUCGCGAGCCCGCUUCAACUCCAACUAUCAUAGAAGCGGAACCUGCAAGUCAAAAAAUUAAGGCAACUGAGGAGCACCAUCCAGAAUAUCGCGGUCUACCGUGGCCAGUUCCAAAGCUCAAUGUAGUUGAGCCCACGCCUCCUCAAAGCCAAAGUGGCUCCGUCAGAGAUAUUGCCUCUCCGAUUCCAUCGCCGCCCGAGGUCCUUGACGAUGAUAGGAAAUCAAAGCGAUCAACAACAGGCUCCCGCGUAUCUUGGGGUAAGGAUGAGACUCGCGAGUAUGAAGUCCCUUCUACAUCCUCUGAACUCGACUCCGCCGAUCAUGAUAUUGUGGCAGACCGAGGACAGGAGAAGCAGAAUGAUAGUGAAGCCACCCGAGAAAUUGCAGCCAUUCAAGCAGAUCUGCCCAAGGCCGCAAAUGGGUACAAUCCUGAUAUUGUAGUCGCAGCAACAGCCGGUGCAGCUGCUGAAGCCUUAGGUUUUGACCCUUCCCUUGUAUCGGUCAUCACGGAAAAGCUCGUCUCUCCGUCUAGAGCUGGUAGCUAUGUGGGUGGGGCGGUAACACUCGAUGAUGGAGAGAAGCAGCCAAUCUUAAAGAAAUCCUUUGAGAACGGACCGCUUUACUCUGAGCCUGUGUCGAUAAGCGACAGUGUUAGAACAUUUCAUGACGAUCAACAACCAUCAUCAAUUGCGCAAGAAGUGAUCCAGCAGCUCAGCGGAGAACAAGCCUCUGAGAUGGGUGAACUUUCCGGAAGGACUGUGGAAAAACCGAAUGAGGGCCAACCAACCUUGGUCUUUCGAGACGAGCGUUCUGGAACCAAGUCAGCUCCAGAGGAAGUUUCGCAUAUGUCUGGUGGAUUUAGACUAGAGGAGUCAACCAGCCAGCGGGAGCCGCGUGGGAACACACAAGAACCAGUUCAGGAUGAUCUAAGGUCAAUUAUCCCAGCUGUCAUACCUAGACAUAGUGAUACACCGAUGGAGGGAGCUAAUUGCAGCAAAUACAGUCGCGAUUCCGAUAUCCCUAGUCAGGCCAGUCCACCUGCCGCUGAAGAAGGCUCUACUAUCGAAAAGAAGAAGCGAAAGAAAAGACAUUCCAAGCGGGGUAGUGGUACUUUCGAUGACUCCGUUUCUGUGGCAUCUUCCCCAGCCAGAGUUGAAGAGACUAGUGACCGCGGCAGAAGUACGGAUGAACAGACAAAGGAAAAGAGGGCAGGUGGUAUCUUAAGUAAUAUAUUCGGCUCUAAAGUCUCUGAGCCGCUAGCAAGCAGAAAGUCAUCAUCUGAUAGCUAUCCAUCUCGCGAGGUUCAAUCCGAAGUCGGACCACCGGAUUCUGGGGAGUCUAGACGUCAACGGAGAGAGGAAAAGCGGCGACAAAAAUACGGGGAAUUAGCAGACUCGGGUAAAACAACGGAACGUGAGAAGGACCGGACAAUAUCGCAAGACGGAGACGACCAGCCGUCUUUUUUAGCUGGAAGCCCCGAAAUGCCUUACCAGGUAGGCGAUGGUGACCGUGAAGGUGCUUCGGGGCGUAUCUCCUCGACGGAUGCAGAACUCGCAGGAUUGGGACUAGAUGUUUUCGAACAGCGGCCAAGAAGUCGUUCGGCAUCACCCCCUGCACCGGGGAGAACUAUGGACCUAAGCCCGAAGUCUCAGAGUAGACCAAAUUCACCCCGGUUGGCCCGGGGACAUGAAGAUGUCCAGGGCCAACAGUCACGGCGGUCGUCCGGAGUUCGACCGACAGAGUCUCCUACCGCCGUCCCCUUGCACUUUCGUCGACCGCCAACCACAUCACCACGGGCUCAUCGUUCAUCUUCAGCCAGCUCAAUUGCAGCGCCGUCUCCUGGCUCUCCAACAGGGCGUUCUCGGCGUCCAGCUUCUGGUGAAUUUAUAAACUCACGAGAGAUGCGGCCCCUGUGGCUUGUCGAGCACCAUGGUAGCAAAAUUGAAGUUCAACCUGAGGAACCGUUACCUUCGCUACCAUCAAGUAAGACGUCAUCAGUGAAUGCAUCCGCUGAGGACCUCGCAUCUCUGCAGGAUGAGAAGAUCUGGGAAAAGUUUGAUUUGAGCCCUAGUAUUCAUGGAGACCAGCGGCCUAUUGACGUUGAUAUGCCGUCUAAUUCCCAACACAGAGUGCUUGAUUCCGAGGAAGUAACACCUACUGCCGCAAGUUUCGGUCAGAUGAAUACCAAUCAACUACUUCGGAAGGAUAAGCCCAAGUACGAGUUCCAUUCGCCCUCUGAGCUUCUCCAGGAUCCGUCCACAUAUCCAGAGCUGCCCCCUUCUCCAACAAUUGGGGCUCUUCCUUCUGCCGAGGGCUCUGCAGUCGGUGUAAAAGACGAUGGCGGGCUGGAGCGCAACCUGGAUAGCCUUCCACCUCUACCUUUGUCCCGGCCUGCUACUCCUAAAAUGGAACAGAUUCGUGCUUCGGAUGCUGCUGAAGGACAUCUGACUCGAGAGCUCACAGCUCCUGACCUUGAAGCGCCGAGGACCUCCGGGGAUGUUGCUCCUUCUGCAGAUGGCGACACGACUAUCAUGAAUGUACUGAACGUUGAUCUACCGGAGCUUCAGCCAUCUGACGAGAAAACGCCGACAAAAGCCACCCAGAGUAACAUUGAGUCAGGCGAUGCUCUAAUGUCUGAUGAACCAACUUCCCGGGAUCUGUCAAACGAAGUCGUUCCCGUGCCUCCGGCUGUCCAAAUCCCAACAACAGAGGCAAUGGAGAAAGGUAGAGAGAAUCCAGGAUAUGCAGCUACUAGCCCUACUGAAGUUGUCAAUUCCACAAUUGCAGAUCCUUUGCUACCUGCUGGUGAGGAACGUGCAUUGUCUGCCGAACCGUUACAAGCUGUAACUACUGGCGAGACAAAGGCGGGAAUUAGUGAUACAGCAGAUGAGAUAACACAACCACAAGAGGCACAGCGUGGAAUGAAAUCUGAGCCACAAAAGUCUGCAACAGGGGAUAAUGAGUCAUUGGGAAGCGCUGAGGCUAAACCUGAAUCUAAUCCCAACCUCACUUCUGCCACAAUCAUUUCUGUUGAAGGUGAAGAAACAGAGACUGUUGACGAAGCAGCAGUGACAGAAUCAACCAAGCCAACAAGGGAGAGCACAGACAAGGCUGCCGACGAAGUAGCUCAAGCUCCCACUGAAGAAGGAGUAGUGGGUGCUACAUCUCCAAGUUCAUCGAAAAAGAAGAAGAAAGAUAAAAAGAAAAAACCCAAGAGCGUGAAUAUACACGAACCGGAGUCACAAGAUACCCCAGCCACAGCUCUUGCAGCCCUUUCAACCCCUGAAGACGUUGAGAAAAUAGAUGAAGCAAUUACUCAAGGAGAAUCUUCAAUUGAACAGAUUUCUUUACCAGAAGGCACCGACAAACCCUCAGAAGCGGAGGUAGAGUCCGCCAUUGACCUCUCCAAGCCACACGAGGCAGCCAAUGUACAAGCACCUGUGGAUAUGCCUAUUUCUGAGCCCGAGCCUGUUGUGGAUAUUAUCAAAACCGAAGACGCACUUGCUACUGAGGACGAGCUUGCUGUGACGGCCCUAAAAGCCGGGGAAGAAGCGGAUACACAGAUAAAAGAGGGACGCUUGCCCUCGGACUGGGAGCCUACUGCUCAGGCCGUAAACCCACAAAACGUCGUUGACCUAGCGGCAUCCACGAAUCCAUCUAAACAGGAGCCUCCUUUGGAGAUACCGCAGCCAGAAAAUGCUCACCUAGCUUCAGACACUUCAGCAACUGAACAGAAACCCAAUCCAGAGGUCUUGGUGACAGAUGUAGCGCGGACAAUGCAAGCACCCGAGGCCACUACGAUCCCGGUACAAGGGUUACCCAAAGCUGAAGAUGCUCCUAUCAUCACAGACGUCCUUUCACCUGAGCAGGCAAUGCCUAGGGCGGAAGAAGAAGCUCACCAGGAAAGUUUACAGUCGGAUAAAAUGCUGGAUUCAAAUGCGAAGCCAGCGGCUACCGACAGUGAAGCGGCCGCGGAUAUAGAUGUCCUUACCAACAAUUUGGAGACUGACGAGGACAGGAGAAAGGUGAGCAAGAGCUUUGAUGCAAAUGAGAGUGUCAAAGAACUCGGUGACGUGGAAUUUGUGACGUCCAGCCAGACGGAACCAGAGGUUACUUUGCAAGCAAGUGAGGAGCUUUCGAGAUCUGCCAUCGAUGAUUACCCGCCUGUGAAAGAAGCCUUACUGCCUUCCGAAGAAAUCACCUCCAGCUCUGAGCAUCCCGUGCAAGGUACAAUGGAGGGAGCUGAAAGCCUGGAGUUAAGUGGGCAGGAUGCUGUCCUACCUGAGACCCCCUUUGAACAGCCAGAACUACAAGAAUCGACAGAACAUAAUACCUCUGUCCGAGAGGAAGCCCCUGGAGUUGUCUUUGAACCUAGCUCUGCAGUACUAGAGCAAUCUACGGAAGCUGCGUCUGUGAGGGGUGAGAAUAGUUCUGCAGCAGGUUUGCAGGAGGGGCUAUCUAGUGAGAUGAGUGCCGUUGACCCUGCGCCGGUCGAAUCUGAAUCCGGACCAUUACAACUGGAAAGUGAGCAAACUACCAGAACAGACGAGGCAAAAGCACCUAUGGAACCUAGCUCCGGACAGAUAUCGCCAGAACAACAGCAGAUGCAGGGUAAUCCUGCGCCUGUUGAACCAAUAUCUUCUCCUGAGCCGGCGGCUGAAAUUGCUGACGCUGGUACAAAAACUCAAGAUGCUGACGUUACCGACGCGCAAACUGAAAAUUCCUUAUCGCGACGAAACUGCAACAACAUGGAGAAAAGUAAGCGCGAUAGUGAUACGGAGCCACCUGUGGAGAAGGUGGGGGGCGAUGUUCCACCUGAUGUGCCGUCUAAUGACGGAGCCACGCCCCGGGCGGAAGACGAACCUGCUAUACCUCCCAAAGAAGAGCCUGAAGCGAGGCAGCCCGAGGAAGCCCCGGACAACGCACACGAGGGUGCUAUAAACGUUUCACCUGAAACGAUGUCUGGUGCUGUCGCAGAGAGGCCAAUUGAGUCUCAAGAUGCUGGGUCGGCAGAGACGGCCCAAAAAGCCGGCUCAGAGGAAGCUCCGGAGGGGCAGCAGCCAACGAAGAAGGGCAAAAAGAAAAAGAAAAACCGCAAAUCCAUAUCUUCGGAUCCUCAAGCUGUGGCUGAUGCGGAGACCCAACCUCCACUCUCCGCUGAGGGGCUUGCUGCCGAGACCCCACUGGCGGAAACAAGCGGUGUGGUGUAUCCCACGGAUGACAAACAUAUACCACAGGACGCUACUGCGACUAACGAGGUAGCAGAGACGACUGAAGCAGUAGAUGCUAUUCCAGCAGCAGAAAAUGAGUCCAAUGUACCUGUGGAGAACCCCGCUGAGACCAAUCAUAGUACACCACAUAUAGCUGAGCAUGUCCCAGACGAUCCUGUGCCUGAUGCCGAACCUGAAGCGGGGGGAUCUACACCGGCAGGCAAGAAGAACAAGAAGAAAAAGAAAAAGAAACAAAGCUUGCCGUCCUUACCCGACGCUCAUGUAGCAGCUUCUGAACCCACAUCGAACACAGAAGUUGCAAGCCCAAACAUAGACAUUCCUGUUGCUAUUGAAAAGCCCCCAGCCACGGAGGGUCAAGAACUAGUUCAGGAGGAGGCAACCGGAAGCGAACAACCCCUCGACGUCACUGAAGCUGUGGAAGACACGGCUUCACCAGAAACAGCGCCCGCGAUGAGUGCUGCUGAAAAGAAGAAGACUAAGAAAGAACAAAAGAAGCAUCGCAAAUCCGCUUCGUUGGAUGAAACACUAGCUUCUGACCGCGCUCUUAAUCCGAGCCCAGAAAAUGCUUCCUUAGAACGUGAUCCAACCUCUGUUGGAGAAUCCGCCCCUAGCAAAGAACCUGAGGAACAUGGUGCUUCAGCCGAGGAACCAACAGUUGUAGAUGAGUUGGCGAGUGAACAACCUCGGGUUGAAACGGUCACAGACACAGAACCCGCCGUUGCGUUGAAUGAGGGCUUGGACGAGCAAUCCCAAGAACCUGCCCAGCAAGAGCCCGAAGAAACGCCCACAGACAUUGCUGGUGUUUCAGCAAUUGAAGCAGGAAAUCUAGAGCUCGGCCAAACACAACAUACGGAUCAUACACCAUUGGAUUUCGAAGGUACCCCUGAGAAUGAAAAGCAUUCAGGAGCCGAUGCUGAGGAAAGGCACAUGGUUGAAAGAAUGGGUGUCGAGCAAGAGACCACGGGUGAAAAGAAAGUUGAGGUAGAGUCUGGGGACGCCACGCUCGAUGCUGCGCCAACCAUGAAUGCGGACACGGCUCUGGAACAACCUAAGGAAGAAGCACCAAGCGAGGAAGCCGCUCCCGAACAGACUAUAGCUGCCGACAUCCCCUUGACUGACAUUGUUCCGCAAGACACUAUGGAGCAGCCUCAGGAAGGAGUGUUAAAUGAAACAGCUGUGGCAGAACAGAUUAAAGAUGCUGACAUUCCCUUGGUUGAUAUUGUUCCGCAAGACGCUCCAGAGCAGCCCCACGAGGAAGCACCAAGCGCGGAAGCUGCACCAGAACAGACUAAAGAUACUGAUAUGCCCUUGAUUGACGUUGUUCCACAAGACACUCUGCAGCAGCCUCAGGAAGGGACGCUAGAUGAAACAGCUGUACCAGAACAAACUGAAGAUGCCGAAAUCUCCUUGACCGAUGUUAUUCCGCAAAACGCAGUUGAUGGGGAAGCUGAACCUCCUGCUCCCAAAAAGUCUAAAAAGGAUAAGAAGAAAAAGAAAAAACAACAGUCAAUUUCCUUGGCAGAUGAUCAGCCUGCGGCCGCUAGAGAAGAGAUUGUGGAAGAGCCUUCUGAUGCGCGUUCGGAUAUACUUGAAAUUCCCGAGCAACCGCAACUUUCUUUCCCCGAUAAUGUUGCAGAAGAGUCACAACAUGCUUUUUCAGAAAAGCCUACGCAACAGCCGGAAUCAAAUGAGCCAGAGCCCACUGAGUCUCCAGAACAGGUCGACCUCACAAGGCCUUUAGAGCCUGAACCUAUGGCGGAUACUCAGGAAUCAGUCUCCAAGAAGAAGGCCAAGAAGGAUAAGAAAAAGCGCAAAUCUGUUUCUUUCGCAAACAAUGAACAGGAGGCUCCCACGAAGUCAUCUGAAGCUACUGAAACAACAGAAGCGAGUCACCAUGUUAGAGAAGCUAGCCAACCUCCAGAGCAGACAAAUGAGCAAAUGGCAGAAGCCAGUAGCCUAGUUCAAGAAAGCCAGGAAAAUGCUGAUAAUACUACUGCCGACGAGGUACAGCCUAGAGAAACAACUUCAGACCUACACAAGGGCGUUCCUACAGUCGCACUUGGGGAGGAUGGGCCAGAGUCGAACAAAGAGGUCGUACCACAUGACGAACAGGUUACUCAGCCGUACAAUGAUUCUGUCACCGAAGCACAAGCCAGCACAUUAGGGCCCAUAGACCCUGAUCCUAUGGGUCAGACGCCGUCGGUGGCGAGAGAGCUAGUCAAUGAAACUAUAGUUCCUGAAGGAGGAUAUGCCAACGAUGACGCCUCUGUGACCGAACCCCUUGAGGAACAAGUACAGCAGGGUACAGGUAUUCAGACCGCCCCAGAGACUAGCGAGAAACAUGGUGUCGAGUCCGCUCCGGAAGCUUCCGUACUCGAAACACCCCCUACUUCCGUGCAGGAAUCUACCGUGGUAGUCCAGGAGGCCGAACAAGAGAGUGGCUCUUCCAAGUCCAAAAAAGACAAGAAAAAGAAGAAGAAACGCAAGACCCAAGAAACAAUUGAGAACGAGACAUCUGUUGUACCUGAACCAAGCAUUGAAGAGGCACCCGUACAAGCUGAAGAGGAUAACGGUACUGCAGCCCCGGGGGUUAUCGAAGAGGUAAUUGAGCCGGAUAAUGCUGCGAAGCCUUCCGAAAUUUCCAGUCAAGAUGUGCCAUCUAUGGCACCGGAGGGUAUUGUCGAACAUGCGCGAGCUGAAACCGAACAGGUAGUUGAUGGUACUGUUCACGAAGUGAAUGAGUCGGAAGGAACCGAACAGCAGGCGAGGGAGCAGCCUGAAAUCCCCAAGAAUGAUGGCGCACCGGCUAUGUCGGCGAAAGAAAGGAAAAAGGCGAAGAAGAAGGAGAGAAAGCGUCAGUCAAAAAACCUAGAUGGUAGCGGUGCUGCCUCCACUGCCGCGGAGUCUGCCUCAAUUGUACCGGAAGAGAAGACUCAAGGUCCCUUGAUAAAUGCGAGCACCACUUCAACUGGAGAUGUCGCGCAUGAGGCAACGGCAACCCAAGUCUCCGCUGGAUUGAAACCCUCAGACCCUUCGGUUGAUACGGCAACCCUACCUGCUGAAGAUGACGGUAAAGAAAAUCAGUCCCACGGCACCGAGUCCCACGGCGAAAACGAUAAGAAUCUGUUUUGGACUGAUCACAUGGUAUCUUCGCAGGUAGAUCAACAGCAAGCCACUCCCGUCGACUCUCCUACCAAACCCGUGCCUGAGAAUACCGAAGCCGAAAAGGUAGUUGUCUCCGGCGAAUCUGUCACAAUGUCUGAGCAAAUCGAGGUAGGAACUGAAGAUCAUGCGUCAACAACGGAGCAGGAGGCCACUAGCGAGGCAGAUAGGGUUUCCCUCGAGCACCUGCCAGCUGAAGACGUUUCAGCGGAAACAGACGAAAGUGGCAAGGUAUUUACACCAAACUGGGACGAGUUAAAAACCCAGCGAGAUACGACUGCGGAAACCACAGGCCAAGGGUCUAGGAAAGAUACGAUGCCGGCCCAGACAGAUGAGAAGCUUGAAGAAAAGGAUCAAGAAGCAGUGCCUGAAGCAUCUCUCGUUGCUGUUGAGGUGCGAGGUACUUCCGUGAAUGAUCCGCUAGCAACAGAUGAAAAAACAGUUUCUCUCUCUCCUGCUGAAGCAGGGGUUCCCGAAGACCUGCGAGAGACAAACACCGGUUCAGCUAUUGACGUUGAGAAACCUGAAGCAAUAGCGCCUUGGAAGGAUUUACAUCAGGCGCAGCAACCAGACGAUUCUCAACCGGAAGAUAAUUCUUCUCAGCCUAAUCUAGUCUCUACGACAUCAACCGAUCAUGUCACGCGCGAAGCCAAAGAUUCGGAACUGGAAGUUAGCAACGCUGGACCAGCCACUGAAAAUGACACGAAUGAAGAUAAGACUGCAAGCCCCAGAGAAACGAGACUGGAGGGAGUUGAUCUUGUUUCAGACUCACAAACAGUGGAAGAAUCACGCUGCAGUGGUGCAGAGGUGACUAACAAGUCGAAGUCUGCUGAGGCCUCAAGUGAAAUACAGGCAGAACCCCAGGACUUAUUGCCAGUUAGCUCAGGCGAGGAGAACAGGGAGGACAAAGAAACGCCCUCUAUGUCAGAUACGGCAAGAGAGAAACCAGAUGGUAGAGAGACAACCGCUGAACUUCCGGAAGCCAACAAAAGAGCAACUUUAGAUCCCGUGGAAUCCUUGGGUCCUAGAAGUCAACCAUUAGCUGAGAAGGAACUGCAAGCCAGCAUUGAACCUACACCGGAACAGUUGAACCACGAAGAACUGAAGGGUGUGACUAAAAAAGGUGAAGAGGAAAAUAUGACACAAACUUUGAGCCGUAAAGCGUCGAAGAAACAAAAAAAGAAAGCGAAGAAACAAGCCAAAGCAACGUCAAUUGAAAUGGCUGAUCCCUCACCCGCAGAGUCUAAAAGAGGGAUAAAUGCAGGGAGCAACCUUGAAGCAGUGGUCGGCUCCACCGCAAUAACUGGUGCCGCUGAAUCCAGCUUGGCGCCUGGAGAAAAGCCCAUGCAAGACCAAGUGCAAGGCCCACAGAGCGUGUCAGGCGUAUCGAAGCCGGUAUUCGAGGCUGUAUCUGCAACAGAAGAAAGAAGUCCGCCUAUGCCUAGGGAGGUUCCUGCCCAGACUCAGGCCACGCAUGAGUUGCAGGAGGGAGAGGACAAAGACGCUGAAACCCAAGGAAAGUUGAGCAGUCAGACUUCCGAGGGAGGUGAUCCUGAGGCAGCCGAGGAGCGGAUUGGAGGGCACUCUACGCAACAGGAAACUCCAGCUCCCGGGACCGUAUCAAAGGAGGUGGGAGGGAGAUCGAAGCAAGAGGCUGGGCUGCAGAUUCCUGAGCGAGCAGAUCAACCGGCAUCAGGGGGAAAUACCGAGUCUACUGAGGUGGCCCUGCUUGUUCACGAAGCAAAGCCAGAGAGUUCAGAGCCUCCAAUGACUGAAGUAAGCACCGCAGAAAAAUCUCCUUUCGAAGCAUUAUCUCGGGAGAACACGCAGAAGAUUGAAGAGGACCUCAGCGUAGAGAUCAGGGAGCCAGAAGAAAUUGGAAGUACCAGUGGAAAGGCAAACGUGAAGCCUUCCCAAGAUCAGUAUCAAUCAGAGACAUUGGCAACGGAAAGGUCUGCAAAGGACGAUGAAUGGCCUUUGAUAGAUUGGGAGAAGGAAAAAGUUGAUGCUUUAGAACAGACUCCCCAAUCUUCACCUGAAGCUGUCGCGGCCCCAUUUGAGCCAGACGAGUCGGCUGAAGCCAUAGAGGCGAAGGCAAAUAUGGGGCCGCAAGGACAAGAUUCUGAGGCGAAACUUGCGACGCCAGAAGAGCAAUUUGCCCCGUCAAGGGAGGAGCCCAAAACGGAGCCAAUCUUAGAAGCGGCCCGCGAGCAUUCCCUAGACGAUUCUAUUUCAGGGAAGCAGGCGAUGGGAGACACUGGCUCGGUUUCCCAGAAGCAAAGCAAAAUUGCCAGUAUAUUUCCCAACUUGGAACGAGGGUCAUUUCGGCGACCUAUCACCACCAAGUCGUCGGAGUCUGUAAAAGAUGGGGCUGAGGAUGAGACCAAUGACCAAGGAGCGAGUCGCGGAGACGCGAUGCAGGUCUCGGAAGCACCCAUCGCUGCCACUUUUGGUAAGGACAACGACCACAUUGCAAAUCCUUUAAUGGCUUCAGAGCGGACAACUACUGCUACGCUAGAGGACUUACCAGGAGGGACUACAGUUCAUGAUAUCCAAAUGCCAGUUGCAUCUCGUUUAGCUCACGGAAACCACAAGAACCCCGAGGAUGUCCUAUAUACAGAAGCUGAAUCAGCUGGGACGGGUUCUCUUGCGCGGGAGAUUCCAUUAUACGAGCCAUCACCAAUCCACGAGCAACCACCUACAUUUAUCAGCUCCUCGUCGAAUGCCAUGUGCAUAGAUCGGCAAGCCAGCCCCGGGUCUCUCCGUCAGCUCGGCCGCAGUCCGUCAAUCCAGGGGACGUGCGACCCCUCCCCACGACCAAAGCCAUCGGAAGAAGCUACACUACCUGCACAACCAAACAGCACACUGCCAUCUUCAGCCUUUAGGGUGCCAUCGGUGGUAGACAGAGGCGCAAUCUCCCCUCCCCGGACCCCAUUGCAACCUAUUGCAGAACAUGAACCAAUUGAUCGGACAAGGACCCCCAUAGGAGUCAUGCAUCAGGAACAGGGAACGCCCUGCUUGGAGAUGAAGCCAGAACAUGUGCUUCCGCGACCCGAGACACUGAUCAGGAAAUUUACAGACAACGCUCUGGCGCGCCAGGCAUGGCCUACUCUUGACAAGGAUGGAGAUCAGGACUUUCAUAUCAGGAAGCGUGGCUCAGCCAGAUCUAUUGACCAUGAAUCGCCUACGGGAGCUAUUCAAACACCUGAAAGAGGCGUACCAAUCCUGAGACCGAGCAGUAUGGGUAGCAUUAAAAGCGUGCACAGCGCACACUCCCAACGGUCGCUACGACGAAUGGACCGCAGCGCUAGCGGUGAUUUGCGGACGGCGAGCCAAGCACAAACAGGCGCCCGCCAAUCAUCGCGCAGCCCCCAGCCACCGCCUGUCGAGCCCCCUCCUUCCGAUUUCAAUAUUGAGCACAUAGCUUCCUCCUCUUCCUACGACCCCGUCACCGAUAAGGGCAAACGGCCCCUGCGAGACAUGGCUGAUGUUUACGAGGGUUGGGGGGAAACGCCGAACUCGCCUCGGUCGCCUAGCCGACCGCCCAGCAUCCGGCACCGUCGAAGUAUGCAGCACUUACAAGAACUUGAGACUCGCCUUGACCAACUCGUUUCGGAAAAUCGCUUACUUGUUGCUGCACGGGAAGCUGCUGAAGACAAGCUCCGCAAUGCAAGUGUUGCUCGUCGCAAGAGUGACCAUGCUCUCAACGAGCGAGCUGCCGACUUGCGGGACAGGGAGGCUGAAGUGGAACAACUCAAGAAUUCAGUAGAAUGGCUUCAAAAAGAAGUGUCCCGGUUGACUGAAGAAAAUGAAGGGCUGACUGUCGCGAACUCCAACAUUACCGUCGCCCAUGCUGCCGAGAUACAAACCAUACGGGCGUCAUCAAAUCGUGAGUUAGACGAUUUACGCCUACAGAACCAGCAGUUGUCGAGCGAAAUGCAAGAUAGAGUACGUAAGGAGAUCGAUGCGGCGCUUUCUCAGAAGAAUAUGGAGCUGCGCAGGCUGCGAGAGGACUUGGAGAGCGCCCGGGACAAAGUGAAGGAACUACAACAGCAGAUCGCCGCAUCCAUGCAAGAUAGCGUGUUAGUCUUCAGGGAUGAGGAUUACUUCGACGCAGCGUGCCAAAAGCUGUGUGGCCAUGUUCAACAAUGGGUGCUACGCUUCUCUAAGCACUCCGACCUGCGCCGCUGCCGCAAGCUGGACGAUAUACAGGACGAAAAGAUUGCAGACAGGUUUGAAAAUGCCAUACUCGAUGGAUCCGAUGCUGAUGUUUAUCUCUCCGACCGGGUUCGUCGACGCGACGUGUUCAUGUCGGUGGUAAUGACAAUGGUGUGGGAGUUCAUUUUCACUCGCUACCUGUUCGGCAUGGACCGUGAACAACGACAAAAGCUCAAGUCCAUUGAAAAACAGCUAGGUGAGGUAGGCCCGCGCGGUGCAGUUCAUCGUUGGAGGGCUACUACCCUAAGCCUUCUCUCAAAGCGGCCUGCUUUCUCUCGGCAGCGUCAAAACGAUACAGAAGCUGUGGCCUUGGAGAUUUUUGAGACGCUGUCUCGUCUUCUUCCACCACCGAGCAAUGUAGAGCCCCAGCUUCUAGAGUCCCUGCGCAAGGUACUGCGGGUUGCAGUUAACCUAUCUAUUGAAAUGCGCACGCAGCUGGCGGAAUACAUCAUGCUCCCCCCACUACAACCUGAGUACGAUACCAAUGGUGACCUUGCACGGCAAGUUUAUUUCAAUGCGUCCCUAAUGAACGAGCGCAGCGGCGAAACUACUUCAAAUGAGGAAUUGGAGUCCCAACAAGCUGUGGUCCGGGUUGUCCUAUUCCCUCUGGUAGUGAAGAAGGGCAAUGACGCGGGUGAAGGCGAAGAUGAAGUAGUCGUUUGCCCGGCGCAAGUACUCGUUGCACGUUCUCCUAAAGACAAGAAGGUUACCAGAAUGCUCAGUGGUGACCGAAUGUCCUUGGAUGGCACCAGGUCCAUUCACAGUAUUGCUCCGUCGUCGACCAUGGACAUGAGCAAUGUGAUUUGA